UUUUUUUGACAAUUAAAUCGGAAUGAGGCUUUACUACCGUUAAUGUUAUACCAUUAAAGGAGCAUUUCGUUCCUUUGUUAAAUUUGGAACUCGAUAAUUGAAAGAAUAAAUAAACCAAUUCUGAGCGUUCUUUUUGAAACCUUCUUAUUUCUCAUGAGAAAACCUUCAACGAAGCAUACCUACAUCAGUUAGAUAUGUAUCGAAUUGUAAAAAUUAUUAUUCUGUCUAUUGUUUGUGUUUACUGCCAUAGUUUAGAUAUCGUAGAUAGCAAUAGGACAUCUAAGUUUGGAUUUGGAAUCGGGUUAGUCAGAUUCGCCAAUAAUAUAUGUACAAGCUCUGAUGGACUUGAAGGAGCUUGUUUCACGAAGAGAGAAUGCAAAAAAAUUGGAGGUAGUGGAUUCGGCAGUUGCGCUAAUGGACUUGGUGUAUGCUGUAUUGUACGGAAAUCUUGUGAUGGAACAACAACAUCCAAUAAUACCUAUUUUGCUAGUCCAGGUUUUCCAAGUUCUUAUAAUGGAGGGACAACUUGCUCAUUCACAAUAAAAAAAUUAAGUAACGAUAUUUGUCAGGCAAGAAUUGAUUUCCUCGCUUUUUCUCUGGAUCAACCCAACGCGAACGGUGCUUGUGUGAACGAUGGCUUAUCUAUAAUUGGGGGAGCAUCUCCAGUUCCCACCAUUUGUGGGGAGAAUGGGGAGCAACAUAUUUACGUAAAUUUCGCCGAGAGGGGAAAUAUCCAGAUGAAUAUUUUCACGGGUAUUUCUGUGAACAUGAGAAGAUCUUGGAAUUUCAAAAUUUCCCAAAUAGGAUGUGACUGUCCAACAAGAGCUCCAUCUGGAUGUCUUAUGUAUUAUACCUCCCUUUCUGGAACUGUAAGAAGUUUCAAUUACGGUACAACUGGCAACGCAGCUGCUUCCAGACAACUGAUAAAUCAAAACUAUGGUAUAUGUAUCGCCAUGCAGCCUGGUUAUUGCUCAAUAAACUGGAGUCAAACAGGUGGAGAUCCGUAUUCCUUCAGUGUAUCGGGAGAUACAGGAGUGGCUGUAACGGAUGGCACUAUAGCUACCAAUGCAGCAGCUGUUAUAGGAGCCCUUUGUAAUACAGAUUUCGUUGUAAUUCCUAAUCCUACGUUUAGGGAUACUCAAAUGCCAGCAAGCGUCGAUAGGUUUUGCGGUAAUGGAUUCGAACCACUUACAACAUCGUCUAAGCCUUUUGUAAUGACAGUAGUGACAGAUGCAACUGAAGCUGGAGACGUGGGAAAUAGAGGAUUUUCUUUGGACUUUUCACAACAGAGAUGCGUAGGAAUGCCUUUUUAAUAAAGUAAAACUUUAAAAUGCUAA